AUAUUUUUGUCUAAUACGCUAACGUCUCCAUUCUUCACCUUAGAAAGUACGAAUACAAGUCUGAGUGCAAGAAAAACAAGUUUCGAUUCAGACAGAGAUGGUGAACAGAAGAAGAGAAGUAAAAAAGAGUUAUGCUUUGUUCUCUUCAACCUUUUUCUGCAUCUUUUUCCUCUUUUUUCCUCCUGCAGAGCUUUCAGACGGUGUUAAGUAUGAAGGUAAUAUUCCUUGGCAAAAAAACUUUGAAGUUCUUGCUCUAAUAGAAAUCAAGAGCUCACUGAUUGAUCCUCAUGGAGUUCUAGUAAAUUGGGACAACGCAGCAGUUGAUCCUUGUAGCUGGGACUUGAUCACUUGCUCUCCUGAUGGUUUUUUCCUAAGCAUAGGAGCUUCAGACCAGAGCUUGUCAGGAACUCUUGCAUCAAGUAUUUGCAAUUUAACAUAUCUUCAGACUGUGCGGUUGCAGAAUAAUAACAUCAGAGGAAAUAUCCCCCCUGAGAUUGGGAGACUGAUGAAACUCAAAACACUUGAUCUCUCUAACAAUAACUUCACUGGUCAAAUCCCACCCACUCUUUCUCAUUCUACAAGUUUUCAAUACUUGAGGCUGAACAAUAACAGUCUGACAGGAACAAUUCCUACCUCAGUGGCAAACAUGACCCAACUAAUUCUUUUGGAUCUGUCUUACAAUAACUUGAGUGGACCGGUUCCAAGAUUACAUGCCAAUGCAUACAAUGUAAUAGGCAAUCCUCAGAUUUGUUCAACUGGAACUGAGGAAGACUGUAACAGAACUCAUCCUAAACCAACGUCACUUACCUUUACCGAAUCAUCUGAUGGAGGAACAAAAAACCAGAAAUUCACGGUACAAUUUGGUUUAAGCCUUGCAUGUAUUUUGCUUGUUGAUCAUUGCCCUUGGUUUUUAUUAAGAGAAAAAAUUAUUAGAAGAUUAUGAUAAUAAGGAUGUAAAAGCUUAGGCUUGAUUUGGGAAUCUUACCAGUAUAAUAGAUAGAAAAGUUAUGGAAUAUUAAUGUGAUAAUAAUGAUGUAAAAGCUUAAGCUUUUUUUUUGGAAAUCUUACAUGUAUAAUAAACGCUAAAGUUAUGGAUUGUUAAUAAACAAGAUUUGUACACAAG